AUGCUACCAGUAUUCAUUGUGGCUUCCAUGGUUGUUUUGGCUGCCAGCACUAUAAUGGCAGUGUUCACCAACUCACUUAUUAUUGCUGUGAACAUCAUGGACAAAAUCCAGGGGAAGAGCCUUGGUCCUUCUGACCUCAUUGUGGUGACUCUGUGUAUCUCCAACAUAAUAUUUCAGUUCAUCAUGCUGGUUAAUGACUAUGUAAGUUUUCUGGAGACGGAUCUCUACUUUUCUGAUGCUGUCUAUGUCAUAUUUACAGUCAUGCUUAUUCUUCCCGUAUAUUCUAGUUUCUGGUUUACGGUUUGCCUCUCCAUUAAUUACUAUUUGCAGAUAAUCAUUUUCUCACACCCAUUUUUAAUCCGACUUAAGAUUGGGGUUUCUCAGCUUGUUCCACAACUUCUCGUUGCUUCUGUAUUUAUAGCGAUGGUCACCGGUGUCCCUGCAGUCUGGAACUUCUACAGAGAUUCUUCAGGAUUAAACAUGUCAAGUAAUAUGACUAUGGAAAUCUCUGUCCCCAAAUUAAAUAUUGUAUAUCUAUUACCGAGUAACCUCAUCAGUUGUUCUCUACCACUGGUUUUGGUGGGAAUUGCAAAUGGGUUAAUCAUCAAGUCACUUGUGACCCACACUCAUAAGUCAGACAGAAAUGCAAAAGGAGAUCUUAGUGCACGUGCCGAGGGUCGAGUGCGGGCAGCAAGGACAAUCAGUUGUCUCCUUAUUUUGUAUUUAUCUUUCUAUAUAUCAGAAAUCUUAAUGUUCAUUGAUGCCUUCCCUCCAAAUAGUCCUGGGUUCUGCACCUGUCUAAUGGUCAUUUACAGUUAUUCUCCUGCACAAUCAAUUGUUCUUAUCUUUGGUAGUCCUAAACUAAAGCAGGUGUCUCUCAAUUUACUGCAUUGUACAAGUGGCACGAACAAAGAGAAGUCCAAGACACCAAAAGUUUUAUUUAUUAAAUUAAAGGUCAAGAAGAUGAAAACUGAACACAACCAAGCAAAUUAAAGUGGUUUUCCUGGUUCAGGAUAUGCAUGGGCUACGCUCAGGAUGGACCAACAAUUUCAGACCGGUGAGGGCCUGACCGAUCAGCUGUUUGAAUGGUCACUGCACUCAUUUGAGCAGUUUGGUGUCAUUGCUUACAUGGAGCCAUGUACCAACAUGCUGUCUACGUAGCAGCAUGGGUGUAGCAUUUGCACGAAUGCUAUCGCCCCUUCCAAAAGUUGGUCAACAGGAGUGCCAAAAGUCAAACCUUUACCGAUCUGAUAUUGAUGCCCUAUCAUGAAAAUAGGUCAUCAAUAUUCUA